GCGCCUGGGAUUGAUCGGUUCGCGAGGAGAGCGGAGCAGGCGCGCGGCCCAGGCAGAGGAGCGCCGACUCUGGAGCAGCCGGAGCUGGAGGAGGAGGAGGAGGAGAGGCGGCGGGGAAGGAGGAGGAGGGGGACGAGCUGCUCCGCCGCGCGAGCAUGGGGCGCCUGGCGCCGAGGCCGCUGCUGCUGGUGCUCCUGUGGCUGGCCCUGUGUCGAGGGCGUGUGGUGAGAGUCCCCGCAGGGACCCUGGUCCGGGUGGCAGGCACAGAGCUGGUGAUCCCCUGCAACGUCAGUGACUAUGACGGCCCCAGUGAGCAGAAUUUCGACUGGAGCUUCUCACCUUCCGGGAGCAGCUUUGUGGAACUGGCAAGCACCUGGGAGGUGGGCUUCCCAGCGCAGCCAUACCAGGAGCGGCUGCAGAGGGGUGAGAUCCUGCUGAGGCGAACUGCCAAUGACGCCGUGGAGCUGCACAUACGGAAUGUCCAGCCCUCUGACCAAGGCUACUACAAAUGCUCAACGCCCAGCACGGAUGCCACCGUCCAGGGCAACUAUGAGGACACAGUGCAGGUUAAAGUGCUACCAGAUGCCCUACACUUGGGUCCCAGCGCAAGGCCUGCACCCAGCCUGAGCCUGCGGGAAGGGGAGCCCUUUGAACUGCGCUGCACGGCCUCUACCACAUCGCCAUUACACACGCACCUGGCAGUGUUGUGGGAGCUGCACCGUGGGCCCGCCCAGCGUAGUGUGCUGGCCCUGACACACGAGGGUAGGUUCCGCCCGGGUCCUGGCUAUGAGCAGCGCUACCACAGCGGGGAUGUGCGCCUGGACACUGCCGGCAGCGACACCUACCGCCUCUCCGUGUCCCGCGCCCUGUCUGCUGACCAGGGAUCCUACAAGUGUGUGGUCAGCGAAUGGAUCACAGAGCAAGGCAACUGGCAAGAAAUCCAAGAAAAGGCUGUGGAGGUCGCCACUGUGGUGAUGCAGCCCACAGUUCUCCGGGUGUCCGUGGCCAGGAAUGUGUCUGUGGCUGAAGGGAAGGACCUGGAGCUGACCUGCAACAUCACCACAGACAGGGCGGAUGACAUGCGGCCUGAGGUCACAUGGUACUACAGCAGGACACCUGACAGCACCUUGCCUGGCCCCCGUGUGCUGGCCCGACUGGACCGAGAUUCCCUGCUGCACAGCUCACCUCAUGUGGCUCUAAGUCACGUGGAUGCCCGCUCCUUCCUUUUGCUGGUUCGAGAUGUCAGCAAAGAAAACUCCGGCUACUAUUUCUGCCAUGUGGCACUCUGGGUACCAGGACACAACAGGAGCUGGCACAAAGUGGCAGAGGUCAUGUCUUCUGCAGCCGGUGUGGGUGUGACCUGGAUAGAACCCAGCUAUCAAGUGUACCUGAAUGCGUCCAAGGUCCCCAGCUUUGCGGACGACCCCACUGAGCUGGAGUGCUGGGUGCUGGACACGAAGAGCACAGAGGCGAGUGUGCGCUUUACGGUCUCAUGGUACUACAGGAGGAACCGCCGUAGUGAUGACGUGGUGACCAGCGAGCUGCUGGCAGUCAUGGGCGGGGACUGGACAGUGAAAUACGGGGAGAGGAGCAAGCAGCGGGCCCAGGACGGAGAGUUGAUCUUUUCUAAGGAACGCCCAGACUCAUUCAGCUUCCGGAUCCAAAGGACAGCAGAGGAAGAUAGAGGCAAUUACUAUUGUGUCAUUUCCGCCUGGACCAAGCAGCGGAACAGCAGCUGGGUGAAGAGCAAGGAUGUCUUCUCCAAACCCAUUAACAUCUUUUGGGCAUCAGAAGAGUCUGUGCUCGUGGUGAAGGCAAGACAGCCGAAGCCUUUCUUUGCUGCAGGAAAUACUUUUGAAAUGACUUGCAAAGUGUCUUCCAAGAAUAUUAAGUCGCCACGCUACUCUGUUCUCAUCACGGCUGAGAAACCUGUCGGGGACCUCUCCAGCCCCAAUGAAACCAAGUACAUCAUCUCCCUGGACCAGGACUCUGUGGUGAAGCUGGAGAACUGGACAGAUGCAUCGCGGGUGGAUGGUGUUGUGUUGGAGAAAGUCCAAGAGGAUGAAUUCCGCUAUCGAAUGUACCAAACUCAGGUCUCCGAUGCGGGGCUGUACCGCUGUGUGGUGACAGCCUGGUCACCUGUUGGGGGCAGCCUGUGGCGAGAAGCAGCAACUAGUCUUUCCAAUCCUAUUGAAAUUGACUUCCAAACCUCAGGUCCUGUUUUUAACGCCUCUGUGCAUUCAGAAACGCCGUCGGUCACCCGAGGAGACCUGGUCAGGUUGUUCUGCAUCAUCACCGUUGAAGGGGCAGUGCUGGAUCCAGAUGACAUGGCUUUCGACGUGUCCUGGUUUGCCGUGCACUCUUUUGGCUUGGACAAGGCUCCUGUCCUGCUGUCUUCGCUGGAUCGAAAGGGGAUAGUGAGCACGGCCCAGAGGGACUGGAAAAGCAACCUCAGCCUGGAGCGCGUGAGCGUGCUGGAGUUCUUGCUGCAAGUGCACGGUUCUGAGGAUCAGGACUUUGGCAACUAUUAUUGCUCCGUGACUCCAUGGGUGAAGUCACCCACUGGCUCCUGGCAAAAGGAGGUGGAGAUCCAGGCUAAGCCUGUCUUUAUAACCGUGAAGAUGGACGUGCUGAACGCCUUCAAGUACCCUCUGCUGAUCGGCGUGGGCCUGUCCACCGUCAUUGGGCUCCUGUCCUGCCUCAUCGGGUAUUGCAGCUCCCACUGGUGUUGCAAGAAGGAGGUGCAGGAGACGCGGCGGGAGCGGCGCCGGCUCAUGUCCAUGGAAAUGGACUAGGCCGUGUACGGGCACACGGGAAGGGAGGGACUGAUGGAGGGACGUUGUGGGAACAACAGGACAAGAAGAGGACCUUGACCUUGCAAAUGGAAGUGUGUGACACUACAAACCAGUCCUCUCUAAUCUCAGGUGGGACUCGGCGCGCUCUCUCUUCUGCAUGUCAAGCUCUGAGCGCGGACACGGUUACCAGCACACAGCUCUUCUUCCCACGGCACUUUGAAAGACAACCUUCGUGUGUGUGUGUGUGUGUGUGUGUGUGUGUGUGUGUGUGUUUUCCAACCGCAGCUUCCUAAUGGUUAACCUGCGUCUAACUUUUUUUUUUUCUCCUACUGGUUUAUAGAUCCGCUGACUUGUGCGUGUUUAGAGCUUUCAUUGCGAGGGGUGGUGGUAAGGAAGGGGUGAUGGGCCUGGGGAGAUCUUGGUCCAUACCUGCCCAGCGAGAGGCUCAUCCAGCAGGGUGGGGUGGCUCAGCCUCAACCUGGUGUGGAGCUGUGCCAGAGGCUGCAGGCCAAGGGUGGCUUUUGCUGGCUGGCCCCACAUUUUCAGGGGUUUAGACCUCAUUGGAAACCUAAACUUGGAGUGUGUAACUUCUCAUGGAGCCCAGAUGCAUUUUUCUUCCCUCUCCCCUCUCGCUUCUCUGCUCCUUGACCACUUCUUUUGUGUUUGUUUUUCUUGUGCGAGUGCUGGAAUGGCGGCCCUGGAAUCCAGAAUUUAGCUCUCCACCGAGCACCUUAUCUUGCCACCUUAGCCUUAAGAAUGAAUAUGUAAAAAAAAUACACAGCCACCUCUGUCCAGGGCGGGAAGGAGGAGAAGCUGGGGACAAGGAGAGGAGCAGACUCCAGAGAGAGUUCUGCGGGAUCCCCAGGAGCUUAAGCAAAGGCCCAGGAGCACAAGGGGCUGCUUAUGGCUCCCCUCAUGAGGGCACAGGAACUGUCCACCAGGGCCUUUGCAAAGGCACCGACAGAUGGGUCUACUGGGCGCUGCCUGGGCUCCUUAGCAUGAAGGCAGAUUGCUGCAUACAAGACAGGCAGGCAUGUAGUUUGCCAUGACCUUUGCAGCCCUUCACAUCUUUUUAGGCUGUCCCACAGGGAUCUAGUGAAAAAGAGUGUGCUUUGCAGCGUGCUUUGCUUUCCCAUUAGGAACACGAAUAGAAGCCCAGCAAUGGACUGUCAUGGGAACAGCCUCUCCAGUAGGGUUGAGAGCAGGCCGGUCUGUCCCCGAGGCCCUGGUCCCUGCUCUCCUGGCACUCCCCUGACACUUCUGCACACACAGCGCUGGCCUUGCAAGAGGCUCCCAACAGGACUCCUAAACAAGAUCCGUUUGUUUUGAGCAAUAAAAUAGUGCAAAAUCAUGGCCACUCACAUGCGGCUCUUUGUCACCCCUGCCCAGCUUGGCCUGAUGAACUAAGCUCUUGCCUCCCAGUUUGCCACCUCCCCGCACUUGCCCCUCUCCGCUGCCCACCCCUGGCUCUGUGCUUACCCCCACAUGGCCCCGAGGCAGAUUUCCACCGAAUUUUCCCUGAUGUUCUGCCCACCAAGAGGCCCAUGUGAGUUGGGACGUUAGAUUCUGCACUGAUGGUCUCAGCACAGAGUGUGGGGAUGCCCCACCCAAGCAUGCAUAAUGACAGGAGGAGCAGGCAGCCAUGGUGGCAGCUGAUUUGGUAUUUUCUAACAACGCUAUUUGGGAGGAGAUGAAUCACAGGUGAUUUCCCUAACCAGAAUUUAAAGAGAACAGAUAUAAACAGGUUCCAUAUCUGUCACAGCCAAGGCCCUUCAAGCCUUUGCAGUUACCAGGCCUACGGUCAAAGGAAAUUCAGGAUUGUUAUAGCUCAGGCCCUUCUUAGGAGGAGGAAAAGGUACUUAGCUUUGGCUGUGACCAGGUAGCCCCGGGCGGACAAAAGACAUGUGCACUGAGUCACUCCAGAUGCUUAGUGGUAGCGUGACGCGGAAUGCUCUCGCAUUGUACCUUUUUGCUUUCAGACUGAUAUGAAGUUCAAGGCUACAGGUAUUGGGGCAUUGGCUUCCACCUAUGGCUGUGUGUCUCUGAUGUCCAUUGGGCUGGCCAAGCUGCGAGUCAUUUGGGGGCUGGGAGAAAGAAGAGAGAAAAAUCUAGUACUUUGUCCCCAGGGAGCUGAUGCCUUCCAGGGACGUUGUCUGGGCUAUGACAGUGUUGUUGUACCAAAUAGGGUUCCCCACAAAGUGCUCUUCCGGAAGAAGUCAGCAGCAUUGGUGUGAAUGAAGCAAGAAUGUCGCCAGGCCUCACACGGUGAAAUUGCACUUCUUAACAAAAAGGAACUUUAUAGAAAGUUUGGAUUUUUUUUUCCUACUCAUAAAAGUAUUCCUCCCUGGAAAGAGCCUACCCUGUGUCCAGAUAGACGCCUCAAAAUUACAGUCAUGCUGCUCAUGAGGACGUGUUAGUUUGGCAGCACCUGCCGCUGCGGUCCUGUCUGAUAGCGUCACCACGACGUCUUAGCUGGCAGGAGUGACCUCGGCGGGCGACCCCAAUGUCCUCAUGAGGUGUGCCCGUCGUUAAGCGCCGCCUGACUGUACUGUAAAUUGUUUACUUUACGAUGUUUACAUACACAUUUUCCUUUUUAGAAAAAAUAAUGAUAAGAAAAAUGCAAACUGACUUUUUAACAACUUUCCAGAUUUCUCACAGAUCGGUGGAACUCUUGACUCACCAGCUGGAUUAAUUCUUAAUUUAGAAAUGUAUUUAUUUGUGUGUGUGUCUUCCCCGCAACUCCCCCAGCCCCACCCCAGCCCUGUGGCUCCCGGAGAUCCUGGGGUAAAGGAGACCCCUUCUGCCCAGACCUUUGCCUGUUUCCCUGGUGGCUCUUGCUUCUUGCUUUGCAACCAUGAUUUUGUCACCUCUGUGAGCCAAAGACUGAGCCUUUUUUUGGCAGGAAUAAUAAGCAAUACUACACAACUUGCUACUUUGAGAAAAAAAGAUUUUUUUUUUUUUAGCUUCACCAACGACAACAGAGGAAGAAGGGGGCUGGGAUCUAGGUAAGUUCUCUGCUGUUUGACCCAAUUCUCAGUGAGAAAUAUGUGUGCAGGUCACUGGGAGAAAAAAGGUUGACUUUUCUUUAGCUUGGCACCUGAGGAUCUGCAGAAUUUUCCAUUGACAAAGAAGGGGUCUUGUGUAUUUUUGUCCAUAUCCGAAGUUAUAUGAACUAAUUGUAUUGUUUUAUACUGUGACCACAAAUAUUAUGCAAUGCACCGUUUGUUUUUUAUUUCAUUAAAGGAAAUUUAAUUUAAAUUGAA